GAGCGCUGCAUUCUACAGCACAAUCGGACACGGACACAUUAGUACUUGACAUCGGAGCGCAUGAGCGCGCAAUCCAAAGGCAGCAAGCCAGGACUACAUCAACUCGAGAGCAACGCCUCGCUCGCCACUACGACGAAUCCACUCCCUCCCAGAAUCGACAAACCGGAGAAAUGCGAGCCUUCAGGUUCACACGCGUCUUCGUCCCAGGGCUCAUCGCCGGUUGAAAGCGCUGUAGAUGAAGCAGUCUUUUCUCAGCAGGAGAAAUGCCAUGCCGACGACCAUGAGGCUCCCGCCUCUCUAGCCGGCUCUCACCGUCACUCGAUGGCCAGGACCACGACCAGAUCUUCAGUAGGCCCACAUGGAGAGACGUACCCCGAAGGAGGCUUUCGUGCCUGGCUCGUGGUGUUUGGCUCCUUCUGCGGUCUUCUCGCUGCGCUUGGCAUUAUGAACACUAUUGGUGUUUAUCAGAGCUACCUCGCCGAAAACCAACUUCGUGCAUACACCGAAAGCACAAUUGGAUGGAUCAUCAGCAUCUACGUCUUUCUCGCCUUCGGCGCCGGCCUCAUCAUCGGGCCUGUCUUUGAUCAAUAUGGACCAAGAUGGCUAGUUUUCGCGGGCGGUAUCCUCAUUGUGCUGAGCACAUUCUUGCUCGGAGUCUGCACAGCCUAUUGGCACUUCGUUCUAGUGUUUGGCAUACUUGGAGGCCUGGGCACCGCACUUAUUUUCACCCCAGGCUUCGCUGCCAUCGGGCAUUUCUUCUACGUCAAACGAGGAACGGCUACUGGUCUUGCGGCUGCAGGCGGUUCACUUGGAGGUGUGAUAUUUCCGCUCAUGCUUCAAAAUCUCUUUCCGAAGGUCGGCUGGGGCUGGGCAACACGUGUGCAGGCGUUCAUUUUCCUCCUGCUUCUGAUAGUCACCAAUCUACUGGUGCGAUCACGCUUGCCACCAAAGCCCGACGCCAAUAUCAUGCCAGACUUCAGGAUCCUCCGAAACGUCGAUUUUGCGCUCGUCACAAUUGGCACUUUCUUCAUGGAGUGGGGUCUUUUCGCUCCCAUCUCUUACGUAACGGCAUACUCCCUCAGCUCGGGAGCCAUGUCAACCACGUUCGCGUACCAAAUCGUCGCUCUUCUCAAUGCCGGCUCUACUUUUGGCAGGUGGUUGCCGGGAUUGCUUGCUGAUAAAGUAGGAAGAUUCAACGCCGUGCUCGCUUCCUUGUCUCUCUGCAUGGUCUCAACAAUGGCACUAUGGCUGCCAGCGACUGUCCUGUCUUCGUCUGAUGACGCGGAAGGCAGCAAGACUGCCGUCCUCGGCUUGACCAUCCUAUACUGUAUUCUCUUUGGCUUUGGCAGUGGCAGUAACAUCAGCUUGACCCCAGUGUGCGUAGGCAUGCUGUGCAAGACUGAGGAAUAGGGCCGUAUUAUUCCACCUGCUAUGUGAUGGUGCUUUCUGGGGGAUUGGCUUUGUUCACUGGGCUCUGCAACAAUUGUGGCUCUCGUCGCGUCAACAGUCGUUCGAGUGAGAAAAGUGGGAUGGGAACCAACAAGCGAUUUACUGAGCGUCUGGUCCAGGCAAGUGGUCCUGACACCGGCAAGGAAAGAUAUUUAGGUACCUUGUACCGAAUAGCUCUGCCUCUGACCAUAGAGUACGCUUGCUGCGUCGCAGACAGAAGCUCUGUGCCAAUCA